GUGGUUUUGUUUCUCUUCCCCAUGUGCAAAGGUGCUUAUUAUUGCCAACCAACUCCAAAUUACAACUGUCUCUAUUGUUCUCUGUUCUCUCUCUCACUCAUCACUGUCUUCCAUCUUUCCCUUUUCUUCCUUCUCUCCGAAGCCUUUCUCAGUUUUCAAUUCAUCGUCCCAAAUCAAGCCACAGUUGAGGCUGGUGGAGAGUAGAGAUCUCAUGAAUUCACAUUAUACUUCUCAUCACCAGGUAUACAUUUUCACACAUCUCAACUCAAGUCAAGCCUUCUUAUUGGUAAGAUCCAGAUUUCUGUUCUUAUGAUUCUUCAUAUUCUCUAGUCUCUAGUUACAUAAAUUUCUGCUCACUGGAUCAAUAUUAGAUAAAUGGUUCCGUUUCAUAAUUUUAGCUCCAUGAAUCACAAUACUAAUAAUUACAAGGACAAGAACAAGUCUUCUUCUUCUUGUUCCAACACAAAUGCAUUUAUUGUCUUCAUCUUCUGCACCUCAAUCUUCUUCUUUUCAAUCGAUUCCACCUCUGCUGAAACUUCUACUACACCAUCAUCAUCGUAUUCAUCCACUGAUAAGCUUCUUAUAAACUGUGGCGCCGCCGGAGAUGCUAAAGAUCCCGAUGGUCUCGAAUGGACAACCGACAUUGGUUCUAAAUUCGCACCAUCUGAUUCAUCUCCACCAUCAUUAACAUCCCCUGCUUCAAUUCAAGACCCAUCAGUUCCUGAAAUCCCAUUCAUGACUGCUCGUGUAUUCCGCUCUGAAUUCACAUACACUUUCCCGGUCUCAUCCGGUCGGAAAUUCGUCCGGCUCUACUUCUACCCUGCUUCGUAUUCCGGCCUCAACGCUUCCGAUUCUCUGUUUUCUGUCACUGCUGGUCCGUAUACACUCCUUAGUAAUUUCAGUGCUUCUCAGACUAGCCAAGCCCUCAAUUUUGCUUUCAUUAUCAAGGAAUUUUCCAUCCCUGUAACUGAUGAGAAUGAGAGGUUGAACAUAACAUUCACACCCUCUUCCACCUCCAAAUCAUCGUAUGCUUUCGUCAAUGGGAUCCAGGUCGUGUCCAUGCCUGAUAUUUACAGUAACGACGGUACUAGUGCCUUUAUCGUCGGAGAGUCGUCUCCUUUCAGCAUUGACAACAGUACUGCACUCGAGAAUGUCUUCCGUCUGAAUGUAGGUGGAAAUUACAUUUCUCCAACCAAAGAUGCAGGCUUGUUGCGUUCUUGGUCCGAUGAUUCACCUCACAUCUUCGGGGCAGGCUUCGGUGUGACUGAUACGAUUAGUCCUAACGUCACAAUUGAGUAUCCUCCAGGGAUGCCGGACUAUGUUGCUCCUAAAGAUGUUUAUGCCACUGCUAGAACAAUGGGGCCUGAUCUGAACAUCAACAAGAAUUACAACCUCACUUGGAUAUUCUCCAUAGAUCCAGGUUUCUACUACUUGGUUAGGCUUCAUUUCUGUGAGAUCCAAGCGGUUAUGACAAAGAUUAAUCAGAGGGUUUUUCAAAUCUUCAUCAAUAAUCAAACUGCUGAGGAAGCCGCGGAUGUUGUUGGUUGGGCAGGGAAGAAUAGAGUUCCUGUAUACAAGGAUUACGUCGUUUACGUUCCACAGGGAAAUGGUGCUCAACAAGAUAUGUGGCUUGCACUGCAUCCAAACACGGCAUCCAAGUCCAACUAUUAUGAUGCCAUCUUAAAUGGAGUGGAGAUUUUUAAAAUUAACAUCACCAAUGGAAGCCUCGCUGGACCUAAUCCAAUUCCAUUGCCUAAACAAGAAACAAUUGAUCCUGAUUCAGCUAGAUCAUCGGGAAAGUCAAAGAACCAAACUGGAGCCAUUGCUGGAGGUGUUAUAGGUGGUGUUGCCGCAAUCUCCUGUCUUGGUUGCUUAAUUUUGUUUCUGGUGGGACGGCGCAGAAGACGUGAAGGGGAUGGGAAAGGGAGGGGAAAGGAGUCUAGUGCUGGCGAUGGGCCUUCAGGGUGGCUUCCACUUUCACAAUAUAGCAAUUCACAUUCUGGAGGUUCUGCAAAGACAAGUGCUACAGGCAAAAGCUAUGCUUCUUCAGUUCUUGCCUCGAACCUCUGUCGUCACUUCUCAUUUGCUGAAAUUAAAGCUGCUACGAAGAACUUCAAUGAAGGUCUAAUCCUCGGAGUUGGUGGUUUUGGCAAAGUUUACGCGGGUGAAAUUGAUGGCGGAACCACUAAAGUUGCUAUCAAGCGAGGAAAUCCACUCUCAGAUCAAGGUGUGAAUGAGUUCCAAACAGAGAUUGAGAUGCUUUCCAAGCUCAGACAUAGACAUCUUGUCUCUCUAAUUGGUUACUGUGAGGACAACUCUGAAAUGAUCCUCGUGUAUGACCACAUGGCACACGGAACCCUUCGAGAGCACCUUUACAAGACUCAAAACCCUGCGCUCUCAUGGAAACAAAGGCUUGAGAUCUGCAUUGGGUCUGCUCGUGGUUUACAUUACCUGCAUACUGGUGCAAAACACACCAUCAUCCACCGAGAUGUGAAGACCACAAACAUUCUGUUAGAUGAGAAAUGGGUCGCAAAGGUUUCUGAUUUUGGGUUGUCAAAGACAGGGCCAGCUUUGGAUCACACUCAUGUCAGCACAGUUGUGAAGGGUAGUUUUGGGUACUUGGAUCCAGAGUACUUCAGGAGGCAGCAAUUGACAGAGAAAUCCGAUGUCUAUUCGUUCGGUGUUGUACUGUUUGAGGUACUGUGCGCAAGACCGGCACUUAAUCCAUCUCUAGCCAAGGAGCAAGUUUGCUUAUCUGAAUGGGCCAUACACUGCUGCAAGAAGGGAAUCAUUGAUCAAAUCGUCGACCCAUUUUUGAAAGGGAAGAUUGCGCCGGAGUGUCUUAAGAAGUUUACAGAGACAGCUGAGAAGUGUUUGGACGAUAUAGGAGCAAACCGGCCGUCGAUGGGUGAUGUUCUCUGGAACCUUGAGUUUGCAUUGCAGCUGCAGGAGAGUGCUGAAGAAAACGGUCUAGUGAAAGUGGAAGACUUGAGCAUGACUGAUGGUCAACCAAACUACAAGAAAGAUCCAAAUGAUUUGAAGUCAGCAGACACAUCGAGUACCGUAAAUACGACAAGCAUGAGCAUCGGUGGACAGAGCGUUGCUAGUGAAGAUUCGGAUGGCUUGACUCCUAGUGCUGUUUUCUCGCAGAUCAUGAACCCAAAAGGCCGUUAACCAACCGGGAGCAGCAGGAUAAGCAAGGGGCGGCUUACAAUAAUACUCUUUUACUGCUGACGACAAGGUUUGAGUGCAUCUCUGGCACAAAAUUGACUGAUGAUGAAUGAGCUCAACGGCGCAACCCCAAACAGCAUGCUGCCAGGAUGGACUGUACAAGGUUACAUAUAAGUUGUUUUAAAGGCGAACAUUGAGGUGAUCACUGGUUGAAUUCAAACUUAAAGCCAUUGUUUGAAUCAGUUUAUUUUUUUUUUCUGCUCAGAUUUCUUACAUUACACAUUAUUUAUUUGUAAUUUGUUUAUUUUUACAGAACUUGUCAGAAAGAAAGUGUACUAAAAUUUGUUACUAGUUGAUUAUACAUAUAUUUUUCUCACCGUGUC